ACAGUGUAUCGGGUAAAAUGAAAGGAUGAAAACAGUAGGAAUCAACCCUUAUUUUUGAAAUGAAUGAACAUUCCAUAACAUCAGUUCAAAGUAUAACGGUAUUUAUUUCUUACAUCCUGCUUCCUUGAAGAAUGCAGUCACUAUGAUUAUCACAGCUUCAUUGGAUAAAUAUAUAACCCACAGGUUUUAUAACCACCACAAUAAAAAAAAUUUGUUAUUAUUUACGUUUACACUUCUUCUUCUGUGUAGUUAUACCAAUAGUGAAGAGUCUGUGAAUACUACUGCUAUUGAAUACAUAGUAGAAAAUACAACGAAUUCAUCAGUACCAGAAAUCAGUAAUCAAACAAAUGUUAAAAAAUCCAGUGAUUGUUCUAUCUCCUUAGCAGAAUUUAUCAUAUAUUUUUACAUACAACCUAUCAUAUGUUUUAUUGGAUUCAUACUGAACAUAUUAAACGUGAUUAUUUUCUGUGGACCACAAUUUUCUGGUGCAGCUUAUGCUUACAUGAUUGCCAUGUCAUUAGCUGAUGCAAUUACGCUGAUUAGUUACUUGCCAUCUGGUUUAGUAAGAUGUGGCGGAUACUUUCCUUAUUGUCACCAUCCAUCAUUCAGGCAAUUUCGUAUCCACUUACUAUACUAUAAUGCUUAUAUUCUCUUCCCAAUCGGGAAUAUUUCAGAGACUGCGAGUGUUUGGUUCACUUUAGUUUUAUCCAUAGAACGAUAUUUAACUAUGAGUCAGUUGGGAUCAGUCUACCGCAAUAAAAGCAAUACUCAAUCUUCUAAUAUCUCGUCUAAAAUGCAAAAUAAUGACAAAAUACAAUAUAACGAGGGGACUCUCUGCCAAGAACAUAAGGAAAACUUAAAUGAAAAUAAAGGAAUAUGCAUCCAGGGUGAGGAGGAUUUGGAGCAAAGAAGCCGAAAGAAAGAAAAGAGGACUUCAAAAUGGUGUCAAGAACUAUGUGGUCUGUGUAACGUGUUCAAAAUAAACUAUCAUUCCUGGAAUAACUCAGUAAAUAAAUCAAACAAAUUAAUAACUUUAAACAGAUUAUUUCGCUUGCAGCGGUGUAAAUCAACAAAACUUUGUGCUUUAUGUAGAUAUAUUUUGUCGUAUACUUGCAGAAACUGUCAUUCAAACUAUUCAAUAUUUUUUAUAGCCUUUUUCAGUAUACUACUUAAUUUACCUCUAUUUUUUGUCCAAAAAGUUGUCAGUAAACCAGUUCCUUCAAAAAACCCUAUUGAACAAAUACACAAUGGUGAAACAAGUGAAUGGGUGCACACUUCAUCAAAACAUUCAAAUAAUUUAACUUCUACCGAGUAUCAGAGUAUUCAGAGUCAAACACAAGUUUUCACUGCUCUUACAGAAUUUGGAAAUUCAGAAUUUUAUAAAAUCUUUUCAUGGACACGUAUUAUGCUAAUACAAGUAUUACCUUUAUUAGUUCUAUGUUUGAUAAAUUUUUACCUAUUUCGUUUCAUAAAUGUAGCGAAUAGGCGUCGUCAGAAGUACUUAUUACCGAAAAGUUCUAAUACAAAUCUUCACCAUUUUGAACUACAUAAAAUAAGUUUACGCUGUCCGAAAGCAAAUAGUGGUUCCAGUGCUAGAUGGCAAGCAGCACAGCGUAAAUUAACCAUUUUGCUAAUUGUUAUCGUGGGUUUAUUUAUAGCAGGACAAAUUCCUCAAGCAUUCGCAUAUGUUACAAUCUUUGAAGCAUUCAACAGGCAUUUUGGCAAUGUAUGCAAAAGAUGGCGAUGUUGUCCACCAUAUUUAAUAUACCGUUCAAUAUCACAUAUGCUAGGCUUGUUUACAUAUGCCAUUAACUUUUUUGUUUAUCUUACACUGAAUAAGCAUUUCAAACAGCAGUUAAAAGUUUGGUGUUUACUAGUAUGCCCUGUGAACAGAAAACAGCACAAGAAACAUUUAUUAAAACAACGUAAACCAUCAAAUUAUUCUUACAAUCAUUCGAAAUCAGAAGCUUCAUUGAACAGUCAGCACAAGCGUAAACCAAAACGUUUUAGUAACCAUUAUAAAUUGAGAAGACGAUCAUCUAUAGGAUUUCAUGAUCCGAAAAAUAAAAAAUUAUCGAUUGAAAAUACAGAUUUUUCAUCUGAAGCUGUUUCAGCUCCAGUUAACAUAUACUCUAGUCCAAAGUUAGUAAGGAAAGUAGGUUUCGAACAGAUAAAUGAAUUGAAUUCAACAAUAACAUCAACAAACUCCGCUUCCUAUCCAUUUUUUUCUAAAACUGAAAUAAAUCCAAUAAUCAAAUCACAAUAUAUAUCAGAAGCUAUUCGAUUCAAUCAUGGAAAAACAACCAUUAAUGAUGAUUCAUUGGAACAUUUAAUCAUACAGAAUUCAAACAAUACAGAAAAAACUGUUUACAGUAAAAGUACUGAAAUAUUCUCAGACCAUCAAAAACAAUCUAGAACUUCAAGAGCUGAUGAUCAUCAUUCAAUUAUCACAUUACAACCAACUAAAUGUCAUACAGAAAUAGGUUUCGGCCUAAAUAAUUCUUUAUUUCUUUACAAAACUUUUCGCGCCUAUUAUUCACAUGAUUCUGUUAUAAAAAAUUGGAUAUUUGAAUUAAAUUCUUCAAAUCAACAUUAUAAUAAUCAUUUGAAAAAAACAACACUAUCACCAACAUGUCAACACCAAUCUGUAUUCUCAAAUCGGUUAAUAACUAACAGAAAAAGUUUAGAUAAUCUUCAGCCACAUCAAAAACAAUCAGAACAUAUUGUUUCCAAUACAGGACAACAGUGUACCCAUUGUAUGGAUUUAAUUAUGAUACAAAACAAUGAAAAUGACAAUGACCGAAAGGGUUGCAUCAACAUGAAAAUGAAUUCAAAAACUUCUACUUAUUCCGUAGAUAAUUCAGAUUCUCAAGUUAGCGUUCAGUCAUCUUUUCAUGUUUACUGUCCUCUAGUAUACAGAGAAAGUGAUUUUGAUGUUAUCUCAGUAGAUGAGAAUGCCGAACUGGAUAAACUAAAGAGCCAUUCCUCUUUAUGAAAAGCAGCUUAAACGACUUGAAAACAAAUCAAACUAUGUGAAAUAUUCAUUUUAAUAGUAAUCUGUGAUUCUGAGGUAGUCAAUAGUGAAAACAGUCUUCACAAAAUCAUCAUCAUCUGUGUUCUAAUCCAACAGAAUAGCAUCUGAUGUGUCAUUGAAAGUUCACCGAAAAUGUAAUUAGUCUGCAAGACAUAUACUUAUGGCCUUUGAAACUGUGAACUACAUAUACUAACCACCAUUUAAAUAACCUCAUAUUUUUUAUACGUACCCAGUCUCUUCUUCUCUUUUCCCACGGAUCUGUUUCAUUGGAAACUGUUUUCCUAAUGAUAUGCAAUAUGCUUGUAUUAUGUACACAAAAAAGUACCCAAUGGUAAAUCUGUUCACUUCGUAUGACUUUUCAAGCCAUCCACAGCUUUAUACACAAUGAUGUCAAUAUUAUCUUUAUAUGUACAUAAGAAAUUGUUGAUAAUGAAGCAUGUCAGUUAUUUCUUCCCUGAAAACAAUAAUUUUAUGCGUAACUUGUUUAAAGGAAACAUGUAUAAACUGAUGAUUUCCUUCGUUUAAAUUUACCUUACGUAAAGAUAAUAUUACAAUGCAUCAGU